UGUAUGUAUGCUCGUCUAAAGUUUGCGGAGUGUUAAAAAAAAACGAAGUUCAGCGAGGAAACCGCGCGCGCUCGAGAAAGACUUCUGCACGCGUUGGGGAGUGAUUCUGCACGCAAACAUUUAGGAGGUCUCGAAAAGAGGAGAAACGAAGUUUUAUUAAAUCGCGCAACUUGGCUGGCGUGUAAAGCUCCCCCGUGAUCGAGAGACAUUCUUACAACAGCGCAGACAGUAGAGGACAUGCUGAGCAGCAGCCGAAAGGAGACAGAAGCGGUGAAGAUUGUGGCUUCGACGUUGGAAGCGGACGAUGAUAGCGAAAUUGUUUCUACAUCUCCGAGCAACGGUGGGCGCCCCCCUAUCGACGCGGCUCACGUUCCCAAGAAACUAUGGCGCCAUUCGUCUAUGGACGUCUGCGCCAACCUCGAAACCAAGAACGAAUCGAAGGUCUUGGUUCUCUACACGGGAGGAACGAUCGGCAUGAUGAGAAACGAGAAUGGAGCUUUGGUGCCCAUGGCCAACGCCCUGGAACGGAUGAUACGGAAAGCCAUUCAUUUGCACGAUGAGAAAUACGCGACGGCCCGUUUUGGCGCCGGCAAUACGCACAAGGCUCCGUUAGCACUGCCAUCGCUCGGUCCUGAUGCCAAACGCAUUCUCUAUACUAUUUACGAAUAUGAGCCACUCUUGGACUCGUCCAAUAUGACGAUGGACGACUGGAUCAAUAUCGCCAAAGAUCUGAGGAGAUCAUACGAACUCUUUGACGGCUUCGUCAUCCUCCACGGCACUGAUACGUUGUCCUACACGGCUUCGGCGUUGUCUUUCAUGUUGGAGAACCUGGGCAAAACGGUGAUAGUCACCGGGUCGCAAAUUCCCAUUUUUGAAAUAAGGAGCGAUGGGCGGGAUAACUUUCUCGGUGCUUUGAUCGUUGCUGGAACCUAUUGCAUACCAGAAGUGUGCGUCUUUUUCAACCACAAGCUCUACCGGGGCAAUCGGACAGUCAAACGCUCCAACGGUUCCCUGGACGCGUUUGAUUCGCCAAACUUGCCGUCUCUCGCCCACUUUGGCAUCGACGUACAUGUGGAAUACAGAUCUGUGUUUAGACCGGUGACGAUCGAUCGAUUUCGUGUCCAUUCCAUUUUAAACCGCAACGUAUGUUUGCUUCGCCUUUUUCCCAGUAUCACUAUUCAAACUGUUCGAGCUCUUCUACAUCCGCCCAUUGAAGGCAUUGUUAUGCAAACUUAUGGCUCGGGUAACGUCCCAUCGAAUCGUCUGGAUCUCAUUGACGAGCUCCGUAGGGCCACAAAGAAUGGUGUCUUGAUUAUCAAUACCACGCAAUGCUGCCAUGGCGCUGUUCAGGCUAUUUACGAAACUGGAGCCGCACUUCUGGAAGCCGGAGUUAUACCUGGUGCUGAUAUGACACCUGAAGCUGCCCUAACGAAAUUGUCGUACGUUUUGUCAAAAGAUGAGUGGGAUCUUGAAACCAAGAGGCAAAUGAUGAUGACCAAUUUACGGGGUGAAUUGACGCUUCCACACACAAAACUGGAUAAAGAAAUGGAGCUGGUUGAAGCUUUAGCACGUUCCUUGCAUUUGUCUUCAAGUGAAGAAAUGGAACAACUCAAAGACGUUCUUUUCCCCUCACUUAUUUGUUCAGCCGUCAAGACGGGCGAUUUGUAUAAAUUAGAAUCCUUGGAGAGAUAUGGUGCUAACUUGUCUGCUGGUGAUGUUGAUGGUCGAACUCCGCUUCAUGCGGCAGCUAGUGAAGGACGUUUGGCCGUUGUUGAAUUUCUGCUGGGCAGAGGAGCCUCCGUCCAUUCGAGAGAUCGUUCAGGAAAUACGCCGUUAAUGUCGGCAGUUACAGGAGAUCAUAACGAUGUAAUAGCUGUAUUGGUGCAAUGUGGGGCUCACUUGACGUCGGGACCUCACACAAUUGGUGAAAUGUUGUGCAGUGCUGCUGCUAGAGGAAAUGUGAAACGACUAAUCUCGUUGAUGGAAGCUGGGGCUGACCUUAACCAGCCAGAUGUCAGCAAUCGAACAGCAUUACAUUUAGCUGCGCACCACAAUCAGGAAUCCUGUGUUAUCUUCCUAUUGAAGAACCGAGCGUUACGCGAUAAGAAGGAUGACUUUGGACUUACACCUGCUGAUGUGGCUCGAAAAUUUGAACAUGGAAAUAUUCUCAAAAUGUUAUCCGUUUCCGAGGAAAAUUAUGUUUAAAGUGCCAAAGAAUGUGUGUAGUUUUGAACUGUCAUACAUUUGCAAUCAAUAAACGAUGUAGCUGGGUAA